AAGGUGAAGCUCAUGCUGAGGCGACCCAUCAAUCAGCUGGUUGCGCAAGGCAUCAUGCCAUCGCUGAAAACGCCACCGGCGUUUCACGAGCAACGGAAGCAGCUCGAGCGAGCAAAGACAGGCGAUCUGCUGAAGGCGAAGAUCCAGCAGAGACCAGGUAGGGACGAGCUCGUUCGACAGCACAUCCUCGAAGAUGUGGGUCACGUGGAUCCGAGCCUGGCCGAGCGGCAGCGGAUGCUGAAGAAGGCCAGGCUAGCCGAUCAUCUCAACGAUCAGCUCAGUCAUCGACCCGGACCGCUCGAGCUCAUCCAAAAGAAUAUCCUUCAUACUGAAGAGCCCAUCGAGAGGGCAGUCAAAGAGGGUCACAUUCCCUUCAAGGCCACCUGCGAGGGGCAAGUGACGAAGCCCCAGCAUCCGGACCACUACAUUACCUUCGAAGAUGACUCCCAGAGCUCGGAGGGCGCACCCUCGCCGCAAUUGGAGUCGCGAUCGUCGGACGUCCUGGAAACCGCCGCGGCCUCCGCGGGCAUCGUCACAGUUUCCCUCAGCAUACCCACGACCGGCGGUGCCGUUGUGGUCUCGUCGACGUCCCCCGUGUUCCAGCAGACGUCCACGGAAUCGACGAUACAGACCUUCGCCGAGCUUUGCAACACCGUUGUAGGCACGCAGCAGCAAAGUCAACAGCAACAAAUUCAGCAGGCCCAGCAGCACACCUCUACGCAGGCGAGUCAGACGACGAAUGGCCCGUCGACAACCCUCCUGCCAUUGGCGCCGGCGCCGAGUCCGAUGUCCCUGGGCUCAACCACGUCCAGUCUGAGCCCUCUGUCCAACAUCUCGAUAGCGUCGCCCCCGGCGCCGCCGCCAGCGGCGAUCACCCCACGGCCCCAGCCGAGCCCGAUUGCCGCCGCGGCCGUCACCACGUGCCAAAGGAGCGACGCCCCCGGAAAGGACAAGAACAGAAAGAAGUCGAAGACCAAGAGCCAGCCCAAGACCCGCACCAUCAAAUUCCACGAGUAUAAAGGUCCCCCAAACGCGCAGAAGACGCCGGUGUCGUCUAGUACUUCCGGUCUUGGCGUCACGCAACCCGGUGAGACCAGUUACGAGUUGCUCCUGCAACAGCAGCAGCUGUUCCUUCAAUGGCAGCUCGAGUGGCAGCACAAGUAUCCACAGAUUAUCUUGCCGGCUGCACAGAAGCCGCUGUCGCUCACAAGUAGCGGUGCAAGUGACGCUGGUAGCGUGAGCGGAAGUAGUGCGAACGCUGCCAGUCCAGCUCCUUCGAAUUCCUCGAACAAUCCUUUGGAGCAGCCUCCGUUGAGGCCCCUGGGCAAGCUGGAGGACAUGAAAGUGAGCGAUCUCAAGGUGGAAUUGAAACGACGAAACUUGCCGGUGUCGGGAUCGAAACCGCAAUUGAUCGAGCGAUUAAAGCCCUUCACGGAAUCGUCUAGUAGCAACUCGAUGUCCAAUGGACCGCACAUGACGCAUAUGGGCCACAUCUUGAUGGACACACCUGGCCCGAUGGCAACGGACGAAUCCAGUUCUCAAGCCAAGAGUCCGAAUUGUAUCGUGAAGGACGAGCCGCAUAGUCCACGAACGGCCUCGCCUCACAGUAGCGAGCACGACGAUCCGUCGAGUCCACCAGUUCGUGUUUCAGGAGAUGAUAUCAUCAAGGUGCAGAGGAGACGGAUAGAGGAGUUACAACGUGAACUAUACAGGUCGCAGCAACAGCUCCAGCAGAUCCGCCAGACGCAGCCGGCUACGGUGCGCGCCGAGAAACUCGUCCUGCAGCAACACCUACAGAACAAGAUGCAACAGCAACAGUUACAAUUACAUUUGCAACAGCUUCAACACCUGCAACAGCAGCAGCAACAGCAGCAGAAUCAACAACAAUCGCAGCAACAAACGCAACAACAAGCCACGAUCCAACAACUUAAUGCGAAAGCGAGUCUCGCGGCCUUUUUACAGGCACAACCAAACAAUGCGACCGCCAUUCUCGAUUCCGCGACUUUAACCGCGAUCAACAACAAGAAGAAUCAGUCCAAGAAUAGUACUACUGUUCAAAUACCUACAGCAAUCGUUCUGAAUCUGGCAAAGCCGACCAAGCUGAAUAGCUCGCUGCUCGGUGCUCUCAUGGCGCAGGCACAAGCUCAACAGCAGCAACAAACAACUACCUCUGAUGACAUCAAGCCACCGCCACCGCAGUACGAUGAAGCCGCUAAGUUGCUGAAGGUCAAAAUCGAGCCGGUCCAGAAGAGUCACAUAAAGAGUCAAGUGGUCGACGAUGUAUUGGAGAUUCUCAUCAAGAAUGGCGAAUUACCGCCGAGUGCCGCGCAAGAUCCAGCUACUCCUACGACUCCGAAUCGUCAGCUGCAGCAGAAUCUGGUCUUCACCGCGCCGGCGGACAGUCCAACUCAGUCGUUGGUCUUUACAGCCACCAGUCCAAUGAGUCCGAUCAGUCCGAUCAGUCCGAUACCGAUGGAGGUAUCCCAGAGCGGUUGCCCGAGUCCAUCGACACCGGCACCGCCGCCGCCGCCGCCGUUACCGUUAACGGCAUUUUCUAUUCAAUUACCCAACGCGUUGCAACAACUGCAGCAGCAGGAGGAGAUUUCGUCUUUCAAUACGGAUCUCUUGACUGCCGAGGCCGAGAUGGAUACCACUAUGUUGCUCAGUCCUCAAUCGACGCAACAAACAUCUCCGGACCCUCAGCCACCGCAAGAAGUGACUUCUUCGGACAACGCGAAUUUGGAUCUCAAAGAACUAGGACUGGAUUUGGAAACGUUGGAUCCGAUGGACUUUGUCCAGUUGGAUUGUGACAUGCCAAUGGAUAUGGACGAUCCCGAUUGGUUAGACUCCCUGAUGCCUCAAUCGCCCACAACUUCUACAACAUUGUCAUCCAACCAUCAAUCUACUAUGCCAUUGAUCAGUCUCUCGUCUGCUACAGAUAUCUAUGACCCGCUCUUAGGUAGCAAUCAAUACUCCUUUGAUCUCUUUAACAUGGAAGACUCCGACUUCAAGAUGUCGUCCGAUUUAUCUCCAAUGACGUGGGAUAAAGUAGAUUUCGCGACCUAGCCCAAGAUAUUGUUUCGUAAUCCGGCGUUAUGUACUUAAUUCUCGGUAAGCAAUCAAAAAUAUAAUUUGAGAGAAAGAGACAAAGGGAUGCGAACAGUCAGAUUAUUAUAUUGCCGGAUAUUUUGAUCGGAUCUAUACGAUGCAUUUUAUAUAAAUCGUUUCGCGACAUCCCUCUUUACCUCUGAUGCAUCUUAUGACGAGUAUAUCGACGUUACAUCGAAUAUGUACUUACACGCGCGCAUCGAGACAAAAAGUGUUUCAGCACAUUCUUUACAAGUUGAGUGUUGAAAACAUAAUCAUACUGCUAAAAAAAGGUGCUGUAUAAUUGCACACGAUCAUAAUCGUAAUUAACAAACAAAAACGAGAAGAAUAUCGAAAUAUGGAUCAGUUUUCACAAUGUUUGACGCGCGUGUUACCGCGUAUUCUUCCUCGAUCGAUGACCACUAACUAUACAUUGUUCUCUCGGUCGAUAAACGAUCAUUUUCGCGAGAAAUAUAAUAUCCGAUAAAUGCUUGAAAUGAGCUUUGUGAGUGUUAUCCUUCUUGCAUUCAUGCAAAUUAAAAUCCUCGAUUAAAUAGCAAUGUGCGGGAAUUAGGAUGCGGUAAACGCUCCUAAAUAUUAUAAGGGAAAAAGGACGAUAGUUCCGGAAAUAAUUGCGAUACAUUCAAAAUUCUCCAAAGAAUCAGUUUACGAUACAUUUCUAAGCUAGUUUUUAUUGUCCAGUCGUGUGUUGCUUGAAUUUUAAUAAUUGCGAGAAAUAGCGUGUGUGUCAAACAAAAGAAGACGAGAAACACUUCGUAUAUAUGAUCUUCUCGAAUAAACCCUCCGCCCCCUAAAUCGCUAUCCUCCGCUCUCCCUCAAUUGUAAUCAAUCGUAACAUAACUGCAUAAUUAUACAUACUUACAAAAUCUAAUAUAAUAUGAUAGUAAUAAUAAUUAUUGUGUAAAAGUAUACAUAUACACACACAUAUGUAAAAUAUACUUCUAUAUGCGCUUAACGUCUGCGAGUCGACUAACAUUCGGAUACGCGAGUUCGAGGACCUUUCAGCGCAGCUAUAAAUAUUUUCUAAGCCACAGAGCAUGUGAUGUUAGGAAUUAUUGCGUAUUUUAAUCGAUAAUCAUUAAUAAUAGAGAUGAAAGAAAUCGAGGGAAAGGCUGCGCGCGAACGAGCUGCACAAUUGUGCCGGGAUCGGUUGCCACGGCGCGGUCCUUCUCCCGCGACUAAUUAAUCUUUUUGAUGUUUUGUAACAUUCCAUGUUUCCAAACUACGAACAAGAGAGAUCAAAGCCACGUGUGUCGCGAACCGCAACUAUUUACGCACAUCGCAUGAGCGAUCGCUAUAUAAAUCGAAGAAUCUCGUGUCGGGAAUGCUGUGUCAACUCAUGGUUAUUCUAUAAAACUGUGUCGCCAUGCAUAUUUCUGAAACGUUCUUCGGAGACCAAGCGGCUUCGCGCGUCGACGUAACGACGAAGGACCGCGCCGGCGAGCUCGGUUAUAAGAGAAAGAAUAUGUAUGUAUGUAUGUGUGUGUGGGAGAUUUUAGCGUGUUUCGAAGAGCGUGAGUGCUUAUCUAAGGGAAUAUAAGAGAAUCUCGGUUUGAUUGCAACAUGAAAAAUUGUAACAUUUGCAUGAUAAAUCGUACAUUUGAAAAAAAAUCCAGCAAACAUUUAGAUAAUGUAUGGAAAAUAUCUGGAAAUAAUUUUUACAAUAAUGAACAAUUAAUGUUUUCUCCUUUAUAUGAUUUCCUAUUUUAGAUAUUAUUUAUCUAAAAAUUUAUAUAUUAUUUCUAGUAUUUUUAAAUUAAUAUUAAUAUUUUUUCAUAAGAUUUAAUAACAAAUACGUCGAAAUUUUGUUAAGAUGUUACGGAUGAUUGCAGAUUUUCUUCUGUGUAUGUGUGUAUGUGAUAUGUGUUAAUGUUUAUGGACAGCGAUGGUGCUAAUCGAAACCCCAAUACACACUGCGAUCGACUCUAUUCGAAAAAUAUCGUGGUUAUAGUUUUUAGAAAACCCUACAACGUUCCGAGUUUUCCUCGCGACGGACAUGCCUUGAAGCGUCAAUUCACGGCGAGCUUUUUAGUUCCAUGCGGGACUGAUAUUAUAUAGUACGAAAAAAGAAAGAAUGAGAGAGAAUAUUGUAUUCGAGUUGUUAGUUUCGAAUGAGAAAAGAUUAACGAAGUCUGUUUCAUUUCAGUCUCAUUAAUGAAACGGCAUAUUGGCCCGCGAUCAUCACUUCCUCUUCCCGCGUUCACCAGAAACAGCAAAAGAAAAAAAUGCAACAUUCCAAACAUAUUUAUGCUCCACAAAGAAUCCUUAAGAUCUCGAGGUACUGCCAUGUUCCGUGUGCGCGAGAAUGCCCGAUAGAGAAAUGAACGCGAUGGGAGAAUGUGCAUCGUAAUGCAUCGUUGAGUUUGUCGAGACACGCGCAGAAGUAAUUAACCCGGAACUCAGUGCAUUUAAUUAGGAGCCGGUUUACCUUUCCCUCCCCCAGAAAUCCUGACUUAUGGAGCCGGUCGCAGAAACGUUUCUUUUUUUUUUUAUCGGACUGAUAAGCAAACUUGAUUCCGCAAAACCUUAUGAAUUUUAUAAUCCACUUGAGAUAUUAAACGUGCCAAUGGAAUCGAUGUAUCGAGAUCUUGAUCGCUUGGAUAUUUUAUAGAUGCUCUUAAAAGAAUUUUUUUUUCAUAUCAAGUGGCUCUUAUACGUUAUUAAUCAAUUUGCAAUGCUGUCGAUUCAUCGUAAAGACCGCUUUGUAAUCGCGUUUUACUAACAUUUGCAUUUAAUGUCUCGCUUUCGAGUCGUUUUCUUCCGCCGUUGUCUGAAGCUUUCAAUCCCGAAUCGUAUCAUUAAAAAGUUUCCAAGUUAAUGACACUUUUAAAAUUGAGUAUGGCCUGAAACAGCGACGUCUGUCAAAACAAACGGAACAUGGCAUCGGGGUGAACAACAAAAGGUGCCAAAAAAUGAAUAUCCCUUACUAUUAGCAUCACUUAGAAAAUCAUCACACAUCUCACCAUCCCUUGCCAUGACAAUAAAAGUUUUAUUGUUCUGUAAAAUAUUGUAUAUAUAUAAUAUUAGAAAGAGAGAUAGUGCAUGUGUGCAUGUAUGCGUGUAUGUAUAUGUGUUAUGCAGCGGCGAGCUUGACGUAACGAAUUUAUUUAGAAUAAUCGAAGGACGCGCGCGCGAUCAUAUAAUAAAAAGAUCAUAUUAUCGUAAAAGGCCGCGUCUCUACUUUAUCGAGCUCGCGUCGCAGCGAGCACCAUGCUUAACGUUGCAAUCGCGUAAUUAUUUCAAUUACAAGUCGUUCAUCAUGAUUUUGCCGAUGAUUGAUCGAUCUGUCAGGCUGUGCGAAUCUGGUAGUCUGUCGUGUGUAGUGCGUCUGCGGUGUAUGUGCGUAUACGUGUGAAUAAUGAAUCUUUAUAACUUGCGAGAGCAACCCAGGACGAAAUAAACGCAGCCAAGCAAGGUGUAAAGCACAUAAACCGAUCGCAUCUAUACAUAUAUACAGAGCUUCAUCAAAUAUAUAAUGAACCGCGCGAUUGCAUCAAGGGGAAAGAAAUAUAAUAGUGUCGCACGUGAACACACAUUUUAUACGCGCAUUGCAAGAAGAAGAAGAUGGUAUACAUAAGUAUUUUGUUAUUAAGUAUCAUUGAAUUUAUUGUAAUGAUAUACUCUUAAGAGUAACGGAUCACGUAAUAUUAUUGCUAGAGAGAGUGUUAUUUAUUUUUAUUUGUUGCGAAUUUAUCGAUUGCCUUCCACUUGAGUAAAAUAAAUAAAUACAAAGUUAUUCGCUAAAA